ACGCUGCCAUUCGAAACGUGAACACGGCGAAGCUCUCACACACGCAACACAACACAAGAGAUCAUCGUGCCGGUCGCGCGCGCGCUACGAAUCUAUCACAGCCGCCCUCCCGCCCGCCGCCAGAUAAGACGCGCACUCACACACCACCCCCACCAUAUCUAAUCGCGACAAAGAAGAAGAUAUCAUCCAAAUCGGCCGGAUGACCGCAGUAGCUAUUAGAGCCGCCAACAUGCUCGUACCGCCGGACAUGCUAACCGCGCAAUCGAAGAUGGUCUACCAACUAAACAAGUACUACACGGAGAAGGUCCAAGCGCGUAAGCUGCAAGUGAGCAAAACCAUUCAGGAAGUGUGUCGGGUGGUGCAAGAUGUGCUCAAGGAAGUGGAAGUACAAGAACCGCGCUUCAUUUCAUCUCUGAGUGACUACAACGGGCGUUAUGAUGGGCUUGAGGUGAUCUCACCCACAGAAUUCGAAGUUGUCAUCUAUCUGAAUCAAAUGGGUGUGUUGAAUUUCGUGGAUGAUGGUACCCUGCCCGGUUGUGCCGUGUUGAAGCUAAGCGACGGCCGCAAGAGAUCCAUGUCUCUGUGGGUGGAAUUCAUCACCGCUUCGGGAUAUCUUUCAGCGCGUAAAAUGCGCUCACGGUUUCAGACUCUAGUGGCGCAAGCGUGUGACAAGUGCUCGUACAGGGACUCGGUGAAGAUGAUCGCCGACACCACCGAGGUGAAGCUGCGCAUCCGCGAACGCUUCAUUGUGCAAAUAACCCCGGCGUUCAAAUGCGCAGGACUUUGGCCGCGCUCUGCAUCGCAUUGGCCAUUACCACAAAUCCCUUGGCCACAUCCCAAUCUGGUGGUUGAGGUAAAAACCGAGGGUUUCGAUCUGCUCUCCAAGGAGUGCAUCGCCCUGCAGGGUAAACAAUCCGCAAUGGAAGGCGACGCAUGGGCGUUAUCCUUCUUAGAAGCGGAAAAUCGCCUAUUACAAGGCGGCUGCCGACGGAGAUGUCUUAGUAUCCUCAAAACCCUACGAGAUAGACACCUGGACCUGCCCGGAAAUCCAGUGACAAGUUAUCACAUGAAAAUGCUUCUGCUCUACGAGUGUGAAAAACAUCCGAGAGAGACUGAGUGGGAUGAAGCGUGCAUCGCGGAUCGAAUCAACGGUAUUUUCCUGCAACUUAUCUCGUGCCUUCAGUGCCGACGGUGUCCGCACUACUUCCUGCCGAAUUUGGAUUUGUUCAAAGGGAAAUCGCCGAGUGCGUUGGAGAAUGCCGCGAAGCAAGUGUGGCGGCUGACACGUGAGAUGCUCACGAAUUCGCGAUGCUUUGAAAAGUUAUAAAAUGCGCACGUCUAUAGUUUAUUGAGUACAAAAAUGUUAGCUGUUAAACUGCACCCUAUUAGUAAUUUAUUUUCUCAAAUGUAUUAUAUUCGCGAGUGUGCGCAGAACGAAUGAGUGUGUGCAUGCGUGUGGUUUUUGUUUUUAUUGAUUUUCAAUUUUUGGGUCGUGUUUCAACUCAGACUGUGAUUUUAAUUGUAAUAUAAAUAAAUAAACCGGAUUUGUGAAGUGUACAAUCGUCUAAAAUGAAUCAAAAUGUUUUCUAUUAAUUAUUGAUUACUUAUUCACAUUUAGAAAGUUAAAAAAACACUACAUUUCCUGGUAUAAAGAGCAAAAUUUAACUGCAAAUUAAUAUUGAAUUACUUUUUAUUCGUCAGUGAAAAAUGAGUUAUUUCUUCACAGUUAUACUCACAAAUUAUUUCUUAACAAAUCUAUGUAAACCUGGUAGGUAAUUUUAUUUUGUUGUUGUUUUAUAAUAAUUAAUCAAUAACAAAGAAAAUAACCCAACUACGAGUUUUAGACCGUUAUACUUCGCAUAACCGUACUCUAUACUAUAUUUUCGAAGAUGAGACUUGUACUACCUACUUACUGAAAUACCCCAUGACUUUUGUAUAAAUAAAAUUGAUUUAGUAAUAAAACAA